UUUUUAUCCCAUACAAUCUUGGGAAUGAAAGGACAGCUGCAAAGUCUUAAGGCAAUAUCUCAGACUCUGGUUUCUUAACAUAAUCAGCUGUCAUCAGCCUUAACCGUGUCUUCUAACUUUGAGCCAUGAAGAUCACGCGGCACUUCACCUUUCAUCCUGUCAACAUCCAGUUCUAUAGUAUUCCGUGCAGAUGCAAUUUUUGUGCUGUUGAGAAAGGCAUACGAAGAUUCUGAUUUAGGAAUUGUUUGUAGAAUGGCUGCUAGAGUUCUGCAUAAGCUUAUAGAGCCUGUGGCACAUGAAGGAUCAACACCUCCUGGUGAAGUGACAUAUGGAGAUGAAGCAGUAAAAUCAGAAAUAACUAAUCCGGCUCCUUUAGUUGAUUACUCAAACUUGUUUGGAGAAGAGUUCUGAUGAUCACUGGGACUCAAGCUAUCUUAACAUCUUGGAUAUAGGAGCAGUGGAGGAAGGGAUUUUACAUGUUCUUUAUGCUUCCUCAGCUCUGCAGCAAAUUAGCAGAUAGGACUUCUGACUUCUGGUCUGCGUUACCGCUAAUUCAAGCAUUACUGCCAGCACUUCGUCCCUUUGUUAGCCGUCCAUCUGACAUUAUUGAUGAUAGUUUCUCUCAAUGGAAACAACCAAUUGUUCAACAAGCCCUCUCCCAGUUUGUAGCAACAUCGUGUUCAUCAUUAUACCGUCCACUUCUUCAUGCUUGUGCUGGCUAUUUAUCAUCAUAUUCACCAUCGCAUGCUAAGGCUGCAUGUGUUUUGAUUGAUCUCUGUUGUGGCGUGCUAGCACCUUGGCUAAGUCAAGUGGUUGCAAAGGUUGAUCUGGCUGUAGAGCUUCUAGAGGAUCUUUUGGGUGUAAUUCAGGGUGCUCGCCACUCCUGCUUCGUGCUCGUUCUGCCUUAAAAUUCAUUGUUCUGGCUCUCUCUGGUCACAUGGAUGAUAUGCUAGGAAAGUAUAAGUUAAGCGUAGGAUACUCAUUUUGUGGAGAUACUAGAGCCUUUCCUUGAUCCUGCUGUAGGAAGAUUGAAGGGAAUAAUAAGCCUUUGGAGAUCUGUCUUCUGCACAUCCAGAAAAGCAGGAAGAGAAUUGUGUUAUUGCCCUCAAUGUAAUUCGCACAGCAGUGCAGAAACCAGCAGUUCUUCCUUCACUGGAAUCUGAAUGGAGGCGUGGAUCAGUUGUUCCUAGGUAAUAAUACAUGCCUGUCUUAAGGAAAAUUUAUAAUAACUAGUUUUAAACGGGAGUGGGGGAUAUUUGUAUAAAAAAAUUGAUUAUAAUUGCUAUUUUGACUUGUUGGCUUUGCCUGCUCAACUCUUACUUUAUUCAAAUUCAUGUUGUU